AUGUCUUCGUCCGUUCAUUUCAAGUUCAAGUCCUCGAAAGAGCCCUCGCGGGUCACUUUUGACGGCACUGGUAUUUCGGUCUUUGAGCUCAAGAGAGAGAUUAUCAGCCAAAGUAGAUUGGGCGAUGGAAGCGACUUUGAGCUGUCAAUCUACAACGAAGACACCAAAGAGGAAUAUGACGAUGAUACUACCAUUAUUCCCCGAUCGACAUCCGUGGUCGCCCGCAGGCUCCCCGCCGCUCGCCCUGGUAAGGGAGGUGCUGCCCGUUAUGUUUCAGGCAAAAUGCCCGUCAACGCUCGAAUUGGCGGGAACCAACCUUCAACGGGCCGAACGAUGCCUGGGACUGGACAGUCCGUCAACAACAACGUCCUCGAACUCAAUAAUGCCCAGACAGAGGAGGAGAAGAUCAACGCCCUCUUCAACCUGCAGGCCAGCCAAUGGCAGGAACAACAGAAUGAAAUGGCAAACGCGACACCCGUGCAAAUGCCCCGUGGCAGAGGAAAACCCCUCAAUGUCCCAGAUCAUCCUCCUCCACCUGGAUAUCUCUGCUACCGCUGCCGGGAGAAAGGUCACUGGAUUCAAGCUUGCCCAACGAACAAUGACCCCAAAUUUGAUGGAAAAUACCGAGUCAAGCGGUCAACUGGUAUCCCACGCUCACUCCAAACCAAGGUGGAGAAACCAGAAUCCUUGGCGCCCGAUGGCUCCACCGAAGAAGCAAGGAAUACGGGGGUCAUGGUGAAUGCCGAUGGUGACUUUGUUAUUGCAAAGCCAGAUAAAGCAGCCUGGGAGUUGUAUCAGGAGAAGGCCAAGGCAUCGGCAGCUGCCGCUGCCGAAGCAGCAGCCGCGGAGGAAAGCAAAGCAUUGCAAGCUCGGGGCUUGGAAUGCCCGAUUGACAAAAGGAUGUUCUUAGAUCCAACAAAGACUCCGUGUUGCGAAAGGACGUAUUGCAAUGAUUGUAUUUCCAAUGCUCUUAUUGAAAGUGACUUUGUUUGCCCGGGAUGCUCUACAGAGGGCGUGCUGCUUGAUAACCUUACCCCAGACGAUGAAUCUGCGUCCAAGAUCAAGGUAUAUGAAGCCGAAAAGGCGGAAGCCAAGAAGGAAAAAGAAAAGCAAGCCACCGCCCCGGCCGACACACCUGCGCCUGAGACAGAGUCAGAGGCCAAUCCCAAGCCAGGAAAGGAGCAAAGUCCAUUCAAUCAAGCGGAAGAUGCAGCCCCUACACAGUCAAAGAAACGUCCCGCCGAGGACGAGCCCACCGAGGACGAAGCUCCAGGCUCCGAUUCGGGUAAUGCGGCGAAGAAACAAAAGUCGGACGACCAAACCGAUACCCCAGGCGUGGAAAAUGGCGCUCAGAGUGACGCCUCAGGCAACUCCAACGCAGGAAUGCCCUUCAACGGCUUUCCACCCAUGCCUGGCAUGCCCAUGAUGCCUUUCUCUGGACCUGGAUUUGGCAAUGACCCAAUGAGCUUCAUGAACCCCAUGGCCAUGGCCAAUGGAUUCCCCAACGGCAUGAAUCUCGGAUGGAACCCCAUGAACAUGCCCUUCAACCCCCAAAUGUUCGACCAAAACACCGGAAUGCCCAAUGGAUUUCCCAAUAUGUUCAACGGCGACCCAUCAAUGAUGUUUCCCAUGCAGAAUGGGUUCCAGGGACAAGGCGGUGGAAUGAAUAAUUUCUCUAAUCAGCAACGGACUGCGUUCAGUACCCCAUACUCCCGCGAAGAGGAUUCACCAUAUUUCCGACAACCUGUGAACCCUCAGCGCCAUCAGGCUAGGAACCGACGAGUUCGCCCUAGUGAUUACCGGGAACUAUGA